ACCAACAGCGUUACCGGAGAAACAUCAUCAUGAUCAUCUUAAUGCUUCUGCUUGGUGCUUUACUACCCCAUGUGACCAUAACAGGAUAUGCAAAUGUGGGAAUAAUAAAUGGCACAGAGGCAAAAUCCAGACCCUACAUGGUUUCGGUUCAGAAAAAUGGGCAACACAUCUGUGGUGGCUUUCUUGUGUCCAAACAGUUUGUCAUGACGGCUGCACACUGCUUUGAAAAUGGAGACAAACUGACGGUUGUGGUUGGAGCUCAUGAUCUCAACCGCAAUUCUCCCCGCAUAGCUGUGAAGUUUUACCACAUACAUCCUGGUUAUGACUCUGCAGAGCUGCUAAAUGACAUCAUGAUACUUCAGCUCAGCGCAACGCCCAAAAAAAUAAAAAAUGUCAAAUCGAUCUCCAUCCCAAAAAAAGACAAGAACAUCAAGGCCAAUACCAAAUGCAGUGUUGCAGGCUGGGGUAAACAGAAGACCAACGGUUCUGUAAGUAAACAACUUAUGGAGGUUGACGUCAAAAUCAUUGACAGCAAAGAAUGUCAGAAGUCUUGGAAAGGAACAACCUCAAGGAUGGUGUGUGUGUUUGGUGAAGGAGGAUUUUGCCAGGGAGAUUCUGGAGGUCCUUUGGUGUGUGACGGCAUUGCAGUCGGUGUCGUUUCAUUCAACGAGAAGAACAACUGCGACAAACCAACAAGGCCAAAUGUCUACACCAGGAUUUCUAAAUUUUUGACAUGGAUAAAUGCUAUACUUGGAGGUGUAAAGAAAGAUUUUGAUUAUUAAAAUUCAUUUCCUGAAGUUGUGUGUUCCCUUCUUGGCUGUGUAAUAAAUAUUGUGCACCAUUAAAACUCUUGGACAUGUCUAAUCUCCACUGUCAUUUCAUGACUCAACAUUGUUCUCAGAGCUUCCGACCGUAUCAAAUGUCACAAAUGCUUUUCAGUGGAAAAACGAUGUCGACCCUUCACAGAAGAGUGGGUUUCCUGUCGGGUGCUGAGCUCAAAGCAUGUGGUUAAUCCUCCUGUCUGUGAGAAAGACUUUCAAGUUCUUUCAAUUUGAGAAGACAUCUCGGUAUGC